CACUACACAGGGCUCACAGGCGACAGUGGCAUAACACGUGUGUGUGUGUGUGGGAGAGAGUGACAAUUAGACACCAUGACCAUUAGAAACCCUCUCCGGGAUCACGGACAGAGGUAUCGACCAAGGAUCGCUUGUCUCAAGAAGGCAGAGAAGGUGCUGCUGGAGAUGCAGGACCUCAAAACAGGAGUUAAGUCACAGCCCCAGAGACUGGUUAUUACAACAAUACCACACGCUAUUACUGGGGAAGACAUAAUUGCAUGGUUAGCGGACAGAUUCCAAGUAGACACACAAGAGGCAAGGAGUUUUGGCUCAAUGCUGGUGGCGCUAGGAUACAUCUACCCUCUACAAGACCACAAACGCUUGGUGAUCAAACCAGAUGCAUCCCUCUAUCGCUUCCAGACACCGUACUUCUGGCCCACACAGCAGUGGCCUGUGGAGGAUACAGAUUAUGCGAUCUACCUGGCGAAAAGAAACAUACGCAAGAAGGGAAUCCUGGAGGUGCAUGAGCAGGAGCACUAUAACCAUCUUCACAAGUGGAUGAAUCAUAAAUGGGAUUUCAUAGUGAUGCAAGCUAAAGAGCAGUACAGAGCUGCGAAGGAGAGGAAGAAACCGGACCGUGUGGUGUUUGACUGCCAGGAGAGAGCCUACUGGGUGGUUCAUAGACCUCCGCCAGGGACAGUGAGCGCCAUGGACUAUGGACUGGAUCGACUAAUAGAUCCCAACGCAGACGAGGCCAAAACACCUGACUUCUACGCGAGAAUCAUGAUCUUUACUCAACAGUCCAUCAUGAGGCCCAGAGUGAAGUCAUCCGUGUCACUUGGCGCAGUGGUGAAGUACUGUGCCACCUAUAACAACCACGACCCUUUCCUCUCAAAGUGUCUUCCCAGCAACCCCUGGCUCACUGACGAUGUCACGUACUGGACCUUAAACAUGCCCUAUGUGGAAAUACCAACUAAAAUGCGAGUGGAGAGGUGGACGUUUAGCUUCGCAGAGCUGCUCUCAGACCCUCGAGGACGAAAUGAUUUCAGACUCUUCCUAAAGAAAGAAUUCAGCGGUGAGAACUUGGCAUUCUGGGAGGGUUGUGAAGAUCUGAAGUGGGGCGAAGCUGCGACGAUGAGAGAGAAAGCAGAGCAUAUCUACAAGACAUUCCUGGCACGUGGUGCCCCGCGGUGGAUCAACAUCGACGGAAAAACGAUGGAAAUCACGGUGAAGGGCCUGAAACACCCACACAGAUACGUCCUGGACGCAGCCCAAACUCACAUCUACAUGCUCAUGAAGAAGGACUCGUACGGCCGGUACCAGAAAUCUCCAGUGUUUAAGGAAACGGUGAAGAAGGCCAUCUGUCCUGAGGAACACCAUUUCACGGAUGCCCAGUUGGAGCAAAAUGCAAAGAAGAGACGGCCCAGUCUCAGCCCCAUCAUCCUGCGGCAGAUGGAGCAGGAGCAGAAGGCCAAGAUGGCCGCCAAUGUCGACAUCACACAGGUCAUGAGCAAACUCAGCAAGCAGGGCAAGGAGGCGCCCCCUCCUCCCUGUCCUCUACCUAAGAAAUAAACAUAAACAUGUGAUGUUCAGUGUUUUUAAGAAAUUAAAUUAAAAUUAAAUUUAGUGGAAUCAUUUUAAAUAAGAUGCUGCAGUUUAUUUCUUAAUGCUAAUGUUUACACUUUAAUGCCAUUUUACUUUGUUUAAUAAAGUUUAAUAUUCAAAUACUCAUAGACAUACAGUAUAUAUCCAUACUAAUGUCAAAGAAUCACAAAGAUCUAUUUCCAAUGUGACGUUCAGUUGAAAGAAAACCGCUUAGUUGUUGGUUGUUUCAGCCACAAAAGGCCACAAAAUUAGAUCUACAUCAUCAUCAUGUAUCAGUCAAUUUCUUUCAACAAGUACAAGUAUGUUUACAGUACGUAAAGCGAUUGGGAAUGGGAACGUGCACCACUGAGAAAAGAAUCAGACAAAAGAUCUGCACACUGUAUUAUAAAUUCCCAGCAGUAUUAAGUGUGUAAUGGUUUGAGCAGAGAGAGAGAGAGAGAGAGAGAGAGAGAGAGAGAGAGAGAGAGACAGAGAGAGACAGAGAGAGAGAGACAGAGAGAGAGAGACAGAGAUAUUGGUCAGCAUUGUCAAAUCACCACCACAAAGCAGAACGAGCAAAAUAUCAGGUGAUUCUGAUCUGCACGAUUGUGAUCAAUCCAUUUGAACCAAUCAGAGCAGAGCUGAACGACGCCGCCUGAUACUCCCACAAAGGGGACAGGGCAUGGUUCUGUGAAAAGGAACUACAAACAUCCUGAUCAAUAUUAUACAGGCAUAUACUAAAUACGACACAUAGGUUGAAUCUAAUUUUUAUCAUAAAUCACAUAAAUCGUCCAGAAAAAAAACAAAAAAGUGGAAAUCUAGUGGAAGUACAAAUAGUAAACUAAUAUGAGGCUAUUUUAAAGCUCACCCAACAUCACCCCACCUACCUCUAAUGGUAACGAGCCCUGCACAUGUGAGACUUUUGGGUGUUUUUCCACCACACAUUAAAUGUAUUUACCUGGCAAAUGUCUCAUAAAACUAUUAUGAGAAAUAAGGUUUGUGAUUUGUGUGAACUGAGCCUUUAAACACAUCCUAAACUUCUCACAUGUCUAUAACACAAGUCACGUUGAGAACUGACAACAGGCAUUAGACAAACGGCCAUAUUGAGACAUCUGUUACUAUCUGUUACAUUUCUGUCCAUACAAGCUGUAACUGUUGUCUGUCUUGUUUUUCUUAUAACACACACGUUGUACUGUACAUCUUCACUCAUACACUGUUGUUUAUUGUACUGUGUUUUCUUUGUCAUAAGUCAUGAGCUAAUAAAACACCCACAAACCACCUCAUGUA